ACUGACGGCGCAGCUCCGGGCGGGGGCGGCACAGUUUCGCAACCGAGAAGGGCUGGUCCGGGUGGUCCGUUGUGUGUCGCUGACGUGCCGUGUUACAAACUGUGACAGUUUUGAAAUGGCUUCAGAGGAACAGGAAAAGUAUAAGCGUAUUGAUUCUUUCUUUAAAUUGGUGGAAGUUACAAAUGACAAAGACGAAGUUUCCAAAAACUUGCUGUUUUCGUGCCUGCGGUGCCCUGGAACGAAAACUAUCUCGGCAUCCAGCAGAGCUCUGUCUAAUCUAACGCGACAUGUAAAGAGAAAGCAUGAAGGUAACAUGCAAGAAUAUCUGAACCUGUUGAAAGCGAAAGAAGGACCAUCCAAACCGAAACAAGCCAAGCUUGACGCCUUCGUUGCCGGAGAAGGGUCGUCACAGGCUGCGUUCGUGACACAACAGUCCCUCGACAAAAAGGUGGUGCGCUUCGUAGUGCAAGAGGCGAUGCCUUUCAGCAUCGUUGAAAGUGAAUCCUUCAGAGAUCUAGUGCUGGCAGGCCUUCCUGGGAAGAGAGUAAUGAGCGUGAAAACCAUGAAGGAGCGUUUAACAGCAGCGUUUCAGGAAAUGAAGAAAUCCAUGACGUCAGAGAUGGCGUCAGUGGAUCACAUCGCAGUCACAGCUGACUGCUGGACGGCUACUAGCAGAUCCUAUCUCGGAAUGACCGCCCACUGGCUGAAAGCUGACCUGGAACGAAAGUCUGUAGUGUUGGCCUGCAAACGGAUCAUCGGGAAGCAUACGUAUGACAAGCUCGCCAGCGCCAUGGAGGAAGUCCUCAAGGAGUACUCCAUUCAGAACAAGGUGACGGCCGUCACAACGGACAGCGGAUCAAACUUCGUCAAGGCGUUCCGUCUCUUCCAGGUGGUCGACGCUGAGCCGGAAGAUGGUGACGCUGACGAACAUGAUCAAGUGGACAUAAUCGACGUGGCCGAUAUGCUGCAAGAAGCCGCCGAUGACGAUCAGCUGUUCCGACUCCCGCCUCACCAGCGCUGUGCCGCGCACACAAUGAAUCUCGUGGCGAACGACUCAGAAAAAGCGUCGGCGAACAGCAGAUUCAACAAGGUAACGCGAUCAGCGAUGGGGAAGUGUCAGGCGCUCUGGAACAAACAGAGACGUAGUUCCACGAGUGCGGACAUCAUCCGUGAGACAUGCGGGCGGCUGUUCGUGGUCCCCUGCGCCACUCGGUGGAACAGUCUGUACUACGCCCUGCAGCGGGUGCAAGACAUCAUGGCUAAGUCAGCGCCAGCGGAUAACCUGGAUGGGUUGAUGGACAAACUGGGUCUCCCACGGUUCACGCAGGUGGAAAUCGCGUUUAUCGCCGAAUACGUCAAGGUCAUGAAGCCAGUAGCACAGGCACUGAACAUCCUGCAAGGCCAGAAGAACAGUUACCUGGGCUUCGUUCUGCCCACGGUUGCACAGCUGCAGAAGGUGUUGGAUGCGCAAGUGCACGACCUACGUAUCUGCGCCCCCCUGGUAGAUGCACUCCUACUUUCUCUGAAGAGGCGCUUCGGACCCAAGUUCGACGACGACCAGCACAUCCUGGCCGCUGCCGUCCACCCGCGUUUCAAGCUGACGUGGACGGAUGAUGAAGUGGUUCGGACGCGUGCCAAGCGGCUCCUACAGGACGGUAUUUCACAGAUUCAGCUCAUGGAAGUGGAAGAAGCAGCUGGUGAAACCCAGGGUGAUGCUGAUGUGGACGAUCCUGAUGUGGACUUAUUCUUUCCACGACCAUGCUCAUCCACGCGUGAGUCUGUGGAGGAGGUUGUUGAUACGCACCUCCACGGACGCGGCAGUACCCUCCGAGAUCUCCACGAAACUGUGGAGAAACUGUUCCGCAAGGUAAACACCACGCUCCCAUCCUCCGCCGCAGUGGAGCGCCUGUUUUCGCACGGAGCAGGAAUAUUCAAGAAGAACCGGUAUAGGCUGAAUGACGACACAUUCGAGAUGCAGCUGAUGCUGAAGCUCAACACAACGUAGUGUGGUCGGCAGUGGUCGGAGAGGACAGCCAGAGAUGGUUGACUUGCAGUUAUAGCCAAGUGUGUCAAAUACAUUCACGAUUUGACGAAAGAAAUGUGUUUUGGUGUUUGAUAAGUGCUUUGA